CGAGUAGUUAUCCCCAAACACUCUUCGCCGGAUGUUGAACUCACAUGUUAUUUUUUACAGAAGCAAGAUACUUUUGCUAGAUUUGCUGGAGAAAUCCUAACGUUUGUUCACAUGUUUGUUAUUUAAAAAGUAAAGUGCAUAUCAACAUGUCGGCAUCAAUGAUUCGGAAGGGACUGGAGUUGCUAAGCGAUGACAUAAAAGAUGGUAGCAAGAAGCAGAAGAGCGCGGCCAAGAAGAAGCACACCCCAAGCAAGGCUGAGGUGAUGGGUCUGGUGAGCUCUAACCGUCAGGGCGUCAGCAGGCAGGUCCGGCGGCUGCAGGGGCGUCUCGGUCCGGGGAAGAGCAAGGCCACCGUCAAAGACAAGAGGAUCAAGUCUGCCGUGGAGGAGUUCAGGAAGAAGCAGGGGAAGAGCCAUCUGAGCUCCAACCUGCUGUACUUCCUGGGGACGGGCUUCAGAGCUACAGACUCCGACACUAUGAAGAUCGUCAACCAGAAUUCAGGCCGGCAGUCUCGCCACCGUCCGGACCGCACGGUCAAGAAAGCUCCAGAGGAGAAGUCUGUGUUCACAGAGGAUGAGUUCCAACAGUUCCAGAAGGAAUACUUUGGCAGAACUGUGGAGGAGGGGAACUAGACAGAUUCUAGUUCCAGAGACUUAAGGCUGCGGUCCGAUUCCAGAGGUGUGCACUUCACACUCACUGUGGGAUUGCUAUCAGCAUUGGCUGGAGGGAGUUUCCAGUUUUCACCAUUGUUAAAGGCCCAAUGCAGCCGUAUUUAUCUCAAAAUCAACUAAUUUCUGGGUAACAAUUACGUAUCUUACUGUGAUUGUGUUUAAUUAACAUGAUCAAAACAAAAAUAGCUUCUUAGCAAAGAGCAAUUUCUCAAGCAAUUAUCUUGCCAGGACUCUCUGGUAGUGGUCUGAGUGGGGAGGGAGAAAACUAGCUGUUAUUGGCAGAGAGGUUGGAGCUCUCUUAUUGGUCUAGCACCUAAUUUACCUCCUGGUUAUGUCACCAGGCAGGUCAAAACUCCAUCCCACCAAAAAAGGCUGACAUGUUAGGUGGUCUUUUCAAACAGGUCUUACACUAAAAGGGUAUU